GAGCCGGCGGAGUCGUGAAGAGGGGCUGGGGGCCCUGGAGCAUCCUGGGGCCGGCCGGACCGCGGCCGCCGCCUCGUGCUCCGUCCGGGCUCUUCGGGAGGCCGGUGCCCGGCGCGGCAGCGGGGCCCGCAGGGAGGGCUCCCUUCUCAGGGACCUAGCCUCACCGGGGACGGACAGACAGACCCACUUCCGGCCGCGACCGAGCCACUGACAGCCCCCAGCUCCCGAGAGAACCCUCCCUGACCGCAUGACCUCCGGGCUCCCCGUCCCCUCCCAGGCGGGACACGCAGGUGCACACCCCGGCCCGGGAGAGACGGGCCCGGGACGGAGCGCCUUCCUCUCUGCACACUGCUGGCUGCGGGGGUGUCGGUUAUAGACUCACUGACCCCGGGAGAGACGCUCUUCCCCUGUCCGCGCGGCUAGCGCCAGGAGGCACGCGCCCCAGACUGGCCCACGGGCAGUUUGGCCAGGGCGGCCGGAACUCAGGGCCCCUGCCUGCUCUGGAACACCUCCCAGUACCACCCUGGCAGCUCCCUCGGAGGAUUGUGGUCCUGCAGCGCCUGGCCUGCUGUGAAAGUUCUGGGGCCUGAGCGGACACCGGGGCUGCCUGUGAUUAGGGUGGGCGGGACCUGGCCCUGACCUUUUCUUUGCAGGAAUCUCCGGCCUUAUCAUGGACCCAGAGUGCUCCCAACUCCUCCCGGCUCUCUGUUCCGUUCUGGCAGACCCCAGGCAGCCCGUGGCAGAUGACACCUGUUUGGAGAAGCUGCUGGACUGGUUUAAAACCAUCACUGAAGCCGGGUCCAGCCUGCUGUUGUUACAGGAGAACCCCUGCCUGCUGGGGCUGCUCUGCCACAUGCUGAAGCCCCAGGACCUGAGUCCCAGAGUUCUCGCCUUCUCGCUCCGCCUCGCGGGCAUGCUUGCAGCCCAGGAAGAUUGCUUCCAGUACCUUCAGCAGGGGGAGUUGCUGCCCAGGCUCUUUGGGGAGGCAGGACCCCUCGGAGGCGCCGCCUGGACCGCCCCCAGCGUGCGCAGCGGCUGGAUCCAGGGCCUGCGCUCCCUGGCGCGUCACCCCAGUGCCCUGUGCUUCCUGGCCGACUGCGGUGCCGUUGACACCAUCUUCUCCCUGCAGGGAGAUUCCAGCCUGUUUGUGGCCUCGGCAGCUGGGCAGCUCCUGGUGCACAUCCUGGGCUUGUCUCUGCAAGGUCCAGCUGAGGGACACCCUGGCCUGCAGACUGGUGAUUGGCCAGUGUGUGCCCAGAAGAUAGUGAGUCACAUCGAGGAGUCCCUGCGCUCCGCAGCCACCCCGCAGAUCACACAGGCUCUAAACGUGCUGACCACCACUUUCGGGCACUGCCACAGCCCUUGGACGCAAGUUCUUUGGGUGCGGCUGAGUCCCCUUGUGGCCUGUCUGCUCGAGAAAGACCCCGUCCCCGCUGCACACUCGCUCGUGGAUCUCCUCCUCAGCGUGGCCCGUUCUCCGGUGCUGAGUUCGUCCAGCUGUGGCCUGUGGGAGACUUUGGCACAGACUCUGAGCCAUCUGAGCCCCACCCAAGCAGGGCCGUUGGCUUUGGGGAUCCUGAAACUGCAGGAGUGUCCACAGGCGUUGAGGGCCCAGGCCUUUGCUGUCCUCCUCCAGCCCCUGACCUGUGUCCUUGAAGCCACCGCUCAGGCCCCCGGACUCCUAGACUCGUUGGACGGUACCGGGGGCGCUUCGGUGACGGUGGACACGCUCCUCCCCUCCAAGGCGGCCUGUGUGGGUCUCCUGUGCCGGACGCUGGCCCACCUGGAGCUGCUGCAGCCACUGCCCCAGCGCCCCUCACCCUGGCCUCAGGCGCCCCUGCUUGGCGCCACGGUGACGAUACUGCGGCUCUGCAGUGGUUCGGCGACCCCCACCUCUGACGCGGGGGGCCACCUCUGUGCGUUCCUGGUGGGCUGUGUGCGGGUCCAGCGAGCGGCCCUCGAUUUCCUGGGGACGCUGUCUCAGGGGACAGGUCCCCGAGAGCUGGUGACACAGGUGUUCGCUGUCCUUCUGGAAUAUCUCACAAGCCCAGACUCCAGCCCCACGGUUCUGAAGAAGGCCUUCCAGGCCACGUUCCGGUGGCUCCAGAGUUCACCUGAGACCCCUGGCUGCAGUGAUUUGGAUCCCCACGCCCAGCUGUUCCUAAGAGAACUUCUCCCUGUGCUGCCUAAGCGCCUGUGCAGCCCCUGCUGGGAGGUGAGGGACUCUGGCCUCGAGUUCCUGACCCAGAUGAUCGGACGCUGGGGAGGGCAGGCCGGCUUCAGACGCGCACUCCUCGCUUCCGAGGUGCCCGAGCUCACCGAGCAGCUCCUGCGAGACCCUGAGAGUUACGUCCGUGCGAGCGCAGUGGCCGCCACGGGACAGCUCUCCAGCCAGGGGCUGCGCGUCACCCCCGCCAGCCCCGAACACCCAGGGGGCCAGCAGAAGAGCCUGCUCGCGGAGCUCCUGCACAUCCUGUCCACAGACUCGGAGGGAUUCCCCCGGAGGGCUGUCAUGCACGUCUUCACCCAGUGGCUGAGGGACGGGCACGCCGACGUGGCGGGGGACACGGAACGGUUUGUGGCCAGGGUGCUCCAGGUGGCGAGCCAGGAUCUGGACUGGGAGGUCCGGGCUCAGGGCCUUGAGCUGGCACUGGUGUUCUUGGAGCAGACGCUGGGCCGACCCAGCUCCCACUGUCCCUAUGCCGUGACCCCGCCCGUGGCGGCCCCGCCGAGCCCACUGGCCCAGGCCCUGCGGCCACUCUGCCGAGUGCAGCUCUUCGAGUUUGCCUUUCGUGCCUUGUUUGACUGUGACCGACCCGUGGCUCAGAAGUCCUGUGACCUUCUCCUCUUCCUGAGGGCCCAGACUGCUUCCUAUAGCGGCCCGCAGGGGUCCGGGAAUGUCCCUGAGGUGGCCUCUGUGGAGGCCGCCCUGCAGAGGUGGCAGGCGGGUGAUCAGGGCCAGCCGCUGGGGUACCUGGAGCCCGAGGUCGUGGUGGCUGUGCUGAGGUCUAUGGACCUGGAGGGCCUUCGGGGCGCGUUGGCCGAGAGCAGCGACCGCGUAGAAAAGAGCCCUCAGUCGCUCCUGCAGGACAUGCUGGCCACGGUGGGCGCUCUGGGGGAGGACGAGGCGGACUGCUACUGAGGCAGCCUCCCCGGGCCUCCCCUUACGGCCCUUCUUCGCGACCCUGUCACCCAGAGAGCUCUAGCCUGGCCUGGCUGCACGAGGGACCUCUUGGGGAGGCCAGGACCAGGUGAGAACAGCAAGCCUGAAGAGUCCCUUUUGAUGUACUGUUAAAGAAGAGGCUUAUUUUUUACUCAAAAUAAACGGCGUUUGGUCCCGCCGCUGAGCCGGCCUGUGUUUGGAGGCUGCCCCGGGGUAGGUGCGAGUGCCAGACCCAGGGGGCUUUGGAGAAGCGACUGAGGAGGGAUUUCUUGGCCGGACAGGCGUGUGCUUCAUGGGAGUACGUGUUGGGGGUCUCCACUUGGACCCCACUGUGCCCCAGGGGUGCCCAGGUGUCAGAGAGACAAUGGCUUGGGCAGGAGAGCAUUCAGCCCUGGGUUCCGGCCCCUCGUGAUAGUGACCCCGGGUCGGAUCGAGGCCAGGUUCCCAGCCUCUGAACCCCCGGGAUCACUGUCAGGUUGUAGUGAUUCAGAGUCUGCUGUCUCUACUGAGCAGGCAGGGAGAGCUGCUGGUGGCGACACCAGGCCAGUACCCAGGGGGCCACACGGCUGCACCAGUCCUAGCUCUGCCGUCUCUGGGCUGGGUGACCCUGGGCUCGUCACUUCCCCUUAGAACCUGUUUUGUCAUCUGUAAGAUGGAGAUUCUCCCGUUGGCCUCCCGGUGGUAAGUGUCCUGGUGUUCUAAAGCAGCCGGCGUGGUCAAAGAAGACAUUGCAGAUGGAAUUUAGAAAUAUUUCCGACGAAAUAAAAGUGAAAAUACAGCUUAUCAAGGUUUGUGGGAUGAAGCAGUGCUCACCCCUCUGAGUUUACAGCAUUGAAUGCAGAGAUUAGGAAAGAGGGAACAUCUAAAAUCAAUAGGUUUCUACCUUAGGUGACUAGAAGAAGAAGAUCCAAUUAAGUCUAAAGCAG